AGUUGUCUUUGGACAAUCACAGUAACCCAAGCAGCUGUCAGUAAGUCGUACGCUGACACGGACAUAUUAGAACAGGGAACUCGAAGUCAUGAUAUCUUAUGUUUGACCACAUGGCGCGAUUAUUAGCUUCGUUGUGCACGCAUCUCGGACGUGAACAAGCGAAGCAGGAGUUCAAAUGGAUGAAGCAAGCUUUGGACAAGGGUUUAAUUUACGCUCCUACUGAUUUAUCAACUAUGGUACAGCGCAGAUUGCGAGGAGAGCCUUUGCAAUACAUCUUAGGAACUACACCUUUUGGACCGCUGGAUCUUCUUACUCGCCCGCCCAUCCUUAUCCCUAGGCCCGAGACGGAGGAUUGGGCCCUUCGACUGGCAAAUGGUUUUUUUCCCAGUCCCACGAGGCCUUUGUCUGUUUUGGACCUUUGUACUGGCUCGGGUUGUAUACCAUUACUCUUGUGCCAUCUUUGGCCUCCAGGCACCACACGCGCUAUUGGCGUGGAUAUAUCGCCAAGUGCUAUACAGCUAGCAAUUGAUAACGCAGUUCGAUGUAAUAUUGCUACGUAUGACGAAGUGCCACGUACAUUACCUCAAACAAACACAUUCACUCCCCUCCUUGGAGAUAUCCGAGACUCAGCUUUUCUAGGUUCGUUAAAGCCCCCUUUCGACAUCGUCACAGCAAAUCCACCCUACAUACCCAAACGUGAAUAUGUCGAGCUUCCGACUUCUGUCAAGGACUUUGAAGAUCCAGUCGCUUUGAUAGGGGACCCUCCUGAGGCUGCACAGCAGGAUGGGCUGUCUUUUUACCAUUGUAUUGCCCAACUUCUCAGUAUCAAGGGCAUGCUUAAAGAAAGCGCUUUCGUGGCUCUUGAAGUAGGUCAAGGGCAAGCGGAGAGUGUGGAGAGUAUUCUACGCGAAGUGGCUGCAUUCAGGGAAAUAGACAUCUGGAGAGAUCCGUGGGAGAAGAAGAGAGUGGUUGUAGCUCGCUGUUGAUCGAUCCUGAUAACGUUUACCGGAGGCAUUCUCACCUUGGUUUGGUUUGAAGGCCAGAAGCGCAACUGUCUAUACAUAUACUGACGAUCAAAAUACCAACGACUGGUGGAAGUUACAAUUCUUUUCGACCGAUGUCUCCGAUGGUAUUGAUUCGAUGGCAUGCGGUGUUCGCAGUCCCUUCG